AUGCUUUUAGUAUUAGGAAGUGCAAUGACGUGGGUAUCCAUGUCUGAUGCAGUAGUGGUUGGUGGUCACCUGGGGCAUGCUCACAAUGAAUGCAGUCUUACUAGGUAUCCCAAUUUAUGUGCUGAAACCCUGAUGCAAUCUGGUUCACAGAAUCAAAGUGUUGAUAACAUUUUGACUCUUGUCAACAAGACCAUAUUCGAAACCAACUUGCCAAGUUCAUAUUUUGCUGAAUUCAGGACUGAUGAUGCUCAUCUAGCCCAUUCUCUUGUUGCAGAUUAUUGUGAAGAGCUAAUGAGUAUGUCGCUGAAAAGGUUGGACCAAACCCUGAGAGCACUAAAAUCCCCAAGGAGAAACAACAAUGACAUCCAAACAUGGCUAAGUGCUUCUCUAACUUUCCAACAAUCUUGUAAAGACUAUGCACAUGCACACUCUGCAGAUGACCUUAUGCAAAUGAUGUCCAAGAAGAUGGACUAUCUUUCCCAAUUGGGAAGCAACUCAUUGGCUCUGGUUAACCACAUGAGCACGACAACUAGCAACAAAGAUGGCACUAAUGAAGAGGAAAAUGAAUUUCCCAAGUGGGUAUCAGCCAAAGGACGUAAACUGCUUCAAGGAGCCACCAUAAAAGCAAAUGCAAUAGUUGCACAAGAUGGUUCAGGAAACUACAAGACAGUUUCUGAAGCCAUUAAGGCAGCUUCAGGGGCACGAUUUGUGAUUUAUGUUAAAGAAGGGGUUUAUAAGGAGAAGAUUCGCACCAACAAGGAUGGUAUCACCUUGAUUGGAGAUGGAAAAUACUCUACUCUUAUUGUCGGAGAUGACAGUGUUGCCAAGGGUUCUACCUUACCUGACUCAGCCACGUUUUCAAUCACAGGCGAUGGCUUUAUCGCACGAGACAUCGGAUUCCAGAACAACGCCGGCCCGCAAGGCGAACAAGCGGUGGCUCUGAACAUCGCUUCUGACCAUUCCGUCCUCUACCGGUGCAGCAUAGCAGGCUACCAAGACACCCUCUACGCCCACGCCCUCCGCCAGUUCUACGCAGAAUGCGACAUCUACGGCACCAUCGAUUUCAUCUUCGGCAAUGCCGCCGCCGUCUUCCAGCGCUGCAACCUCCUCCUCCGCCGCCCCCACGGCUCCAGCUACAACGCCAUUCUCGCCAACGGCCGAACCGACCCCGCCCAGAACACCGGCUUCUCGGUUCACAAGAGUACCAUAGCGCCCACCGCAGACUUUUCCUCUGUGAAGCACUCGUAUUACUCGUUCCUAGGGAGGCCGUGGAAGGAGUAUUCCAGAUCCGUGGUGAUGCAGAGCAGAAUCGAUGAUGCCAUUGCGGCGAGUGGGUGGGUGGCGUGGCCUGGUUAUGGAAACUCUGUGUUGAAGAGUUUGUAUUUCGCGGAGUAUGAUAACGAAGGAGGUGGUGCUGGAACUGCAAAGAGGGUGCAGUGGCAGGGUUUUCGUGUUCUUCAUGCGCAAGAAGCUGGGAAGUUCACCGUUGCUACUUUUCUUGCUGGAAACUCGUGGAUUCCCUCCACUGGAGUUACUUUCAGUUCAGGGCUUAAUUAA